ACAGUUGACACUUUGACGCUUGGGAGCCCACAGGCAAGUGACGGAUCAAAGUAGCUCUCUGAUUAGCAGAUACCGAAUAAUAUUUCUGCUAGAAAAUGACAGAGAGUCAAGUUCGUCAGAAUUUUCACAAAGAUAGUGAAGAUGCCAUUAAUAAACAAAUAAAUAUGGAACUUUAUGCAAGCUAUGUGUAUUUGUCAAUGGCUUACUACUUUGAUCGUGAUGAUGUUGCGUUACCUGGUCUACACAAGUACUUCAAGCAGGCAUCAGAGGAAGAAAGAGAGCAUGCUACAAAGUUUAUGAAAUACAUGAAUAAGCGUGGAGGUCGAAUUGUUCUCAGCUGUAUUAAUGCUCCAGAUCACAACGAGUGGGGAACAGCAGAAGGUGCAAUGCGUGAAGCAUUGCAGUUGGAGAAAAAAGUAAACCAGAGUCUCUUGGAUCUCCACAAAAUUGCCACAGCUCAUGAUGAUGCUAAUCUUUGCGACUUCUUGGAGACAGAAUUCUUACAAGAACAAGUGGAUUCUAUUAAAGAUAUUGCAGAUAAGCUCACAAAUAUUUGCCGUGUAGGUGAAGGUUUAGGAAUUUUUGUAUUUGAUAGAGAAAUACAUUAAGAUUUAAAAUUAUCGAUCUUCACUUGGUACUGCUUUACAUUUGUGCAUUAUAGUAUCUAGUUAGUUCUCAUAAAUUUCAAGCCAUAAAGCUGUUUUACUGCUGCACAUUAUACUUGUCCUCAUUUCUGAAGACUAUUGAAGUGUUUGUCAACAGCCACAAAUGUUAUUUGUAUUUUACUUUGUAGUUUUAAGUACGGUGAUUAUACAAUUAUGUAAAAACUGUUAUUUUAUUUAACAGAUUACUAUUUAUGUACAAAGAUUUUUUAAUCUUUUAUAGAUUUUUAAAAUGUUAUAUUUUUAUGUUUAUAUCCUUAUAUUCCUGUCACAGAACAUAUAUUGUUUUUUAAACCUAAGGCAGCUAAUUUGGGUUCAUAAUCACAUUCCUCAGACCUGAAUACACACAGUUCAUUGAAUGGGCAUGUGUAAAAUUUAAGUACCACAAUGCGCAGUUAUAAUAAACAUGCUGAUUCUCUGAAGAAACAAUCCAGUAUCUAUCUGUUAUGUUUUUGGUCUAUCUAAUUGAACUUCUUGUGUGAUCUCAACAAAUUACAUACUUUCUCAUUUUCAUCAUGCUCUUCUGUGAAUGCAUUGAUGCAAAUGACAGCAGCCAUUUGUAUAUCUCCCUCAAAAUACUUCUUAAAAAGGUUUGUAUCAAUAUUAUAAAUUAUACUUGAAUGUAAUUACAUUCCAUCCUGGAUUUUCUUUUGUUUGUCAUAAAAAGUUUUUCUUAUUUUUAUUAUUAUUUUUUAGUCUUAAUACAGAACUAUCACAUUGUUGCCCUGCAUUUAGUUUUCCCUCAGAAUUUCAUGGCAUGAACACAAUGUCUUCAUAAAUUGUAAAUGGUGCCUACUUCUCAAAGCAUCAUGCCACUGUUCCUUGUGUUGUUUGAGUGUUCACUAUCUGCCAGACCAAUAAGUGACAACUAGCUAAUACAAAUAGCUCUUUUUCCUGAAGCACAGCUUUACCUUGUUCAUCAAAAGGAACCUGCACCAGCCUUAUUGUGAACACAGUGAUUACGACUUGAUUUGGCAUUCAGUGAAGUUUGAAUCAUGCUUUUAUGCUUCUGUCCUUUGUAGAACAGAUCAGAUGUUGCUUCUGUCAGUUUCACUUCCACUUAUUUUUCUAGUUUAAUAUGCUCCUUCAGAGAGUCAGCGUGUGUGCGCCCACACACAGAGUGCUUGAUUUGUGACACUAUGCCAGACCAUUAUAUGAAGAAAUAAGCAUUAAAAUAACAUUUCAAGACAUCUAAAUUUAAGAAAGAAAAAGCACCCCCCAACGGUCACAGUACUUUAUAUACAUGUAUGAUGACGUUUAUUUGGCUUAAUGUGACCAUAGCAUUUUUACACGCGAGACUCAAUAUGACUAUCAAACAAUAUGUACUCAAGUCUGAACAUUAUUCCCAACCAAAAUUAAUUGCCUGAUGAAUAAAGAAAAUAUGAUGUGUAACUGGAAUAAAAUAAUGUAGAAAUACCUUCUUAGAUCACUAGAAAAAUUUUGCUGUGAUGAUUUUGUUGCAAUUAAUGAGUUUUGUUAUGUGUGUAACUGAAAUGCAGUAUUAUUGUGUUGUUAAAUUAUUUUAGCAAUUUGGAAAACUAAAGAAACAAGAAAUCAUAUGACCUAAAAAUUCUUAUUCACAUUGCAGUAGCUUUAAUUUUGUAGUAUUUAUUUUAAUAGACUUGUUUCUUGCUAGAUUUGUGGUAUUUUCAUAUGCAAUAUAAUAGCAAACUGUCUCCAGUUAUAUUCAGGUUUUGUAUUCUUCUUAAUGCAAAAUAGCUUCAUCAUUUAUAAUUGCAAAACCACCACUCUGUGCAGUGAACCAGUUUGUGAAAACCAAGUUACGUUCUGUCAGUCACAUAACCUCCACAUACAAGAAUGUAUGUUUAAUAGUGUAGUUGGCAAGAGUUCACACAGUAUGCCAUUAAGUGAUUAACAUUAAACUAGAAGUUUUAAGUUCAGCAAUAAUUGCAAAAACUGAUAAUGAAUUCUUGAUCAUUACUGUAAUAUUUCUACCAUGGUUUCUUUUGUCUGUGGGAAUUUAGCUGUAAAUGUGCCAUAAUGAAGAGCUUCACUAUAUUUAUAAUGCUAUUUAUUUUUAUUAUUUAAUAGUCCCUUGAUAUUACUGGUGAAAUUGACUGAUUCUUGAGUAAUGGCAGCGAAAUACAUUUUUGCUUUUCUUUUAGUUUGUUUGUGUUCUGGAGAUAAUAUUCAUUACAAAGCAUGUUGAAACUGAGUACAGCUUUCUCAUUAAGAAUUAUGUGUGUGUUUGAUACUUAAUGUUUAGAAUAAGAUGUUUUAAUUAUUUCCUUUUUCACCAUCUGACCGUGUUUUUUGCUUGUAAAUGUAACUACUGUAAUGUUUUGUGCAUUCAAGACAUCUCAAAGUUACAAAGCUUCCUAUUUACAGAUAUGAACUGUGAUAUGACGUAUAUUGUUGAGGUGCUUGAUUUGCAGAGUCUGUGUAAAUAAGAGUCUGUAAAGGUAUGGCUAAGAUUUUACUGAGAUGUAUUAUUUUAGAUACUGUAAUAAUCUAGUCAUUUAACUGUGAUAUUAAUAAAAUAACAAUUAGUGUUUAGAAAUGCUGAUCCUUUCAUCUGGCAUUUGAGAAAAGGUAAAGAAACAAAUAAAUAAAUAAUAAAUGUUGAGGUGCAACUUAUCCUUGAGUAAACAUGACUUUUCAUAUACUCAUUAGGGAGCAGGCAGUGUUUCAGUGUAUUUGUAGCCAAAGAAAACAGUGUAUACUUUAGAUGAAACAAGAGAAUGAGUACAAAUGUGAUACAAUACAGCAAGAGUUCACACUUUCAAUCAAAGUUGGUAACUGGUCCUUUUUACCUUCCUCAGCUGCCUUUGCUACACUCCUGUCCUUUCUCAUUUUUGACCUGAAGUUGUUCUUGGUUCUGAGAGUUGCAGAUACCUGCAGAGCUAUUUGUUGUCUCCAUUUACUGAAAAAUAUGAUUAAUGGAUAUCAGAUGAGAGGGUUCAUUUCUUCACCUGGAUGGUACAUUCCUCCAUAUUCAAUGCUGUAAGCAAUUACAAGUGACAAAACUGAAUUAUAUGUUGCUGAUAGACUGUAUUUUUUAAAUAACAAGCUGCUACAUCACAAUAUUUUCAUUUGUAUAUGUACAUGUUAAAUAAAAUACAUGUGAUUCAG